GCAUCACUGUCAGCAUCCUCCUCCCGUGCUGUGGACGCGCACGCUUAACAGCACACUAUUCGAGAAUUACAGCCAGCCUGGCUUUGCAUCAUCCAACUGAUACCACAUCAGCUUCGCGCGACACGAACAUUCCACGUUUGUAUUUCUCAUCGGGACAUUGAUGUAUUUUCCUACACGGUUAACGUAGCGGUCCAGCCGUUGGUUUUUGCUCCUAUUUCUCACCCGUGCGCGUCCCCAGGCUGAUCCAGGCUAUAAGAUGGCUGAGCUAAAUUUGGGGAAGGGUUUGACUGCGGGGAAAGUGGCCAGCAACGUCCAAAAGAAGCUAACCAGAGCCCAAGAGAAGGUUCUACAGAAGCUUGGAAAAGCGGAUGAGACCAAAGAUGUUGCUUUCGAGGAGGGAGUCAUCAACUUCAACAAGCAAUAUGCUGAAGGGAGCAAACUCCAACGUGACCUUAGAGCAUACCUGGAGGCUGUCAAAGCCAUGCACGAGUCCUCGAAGAACGUGCAGGCGUGCCUGGCUGACAUGUAUGAGCCCGACUGGUAUGGCAAGAAUGAAGUCGAUUCCAUUGUGGAGGAUUGCGAUGUGCUGUGGACUGACUACCAUCAAAAGUUGGUUGAUCAUGCGCUCAUAUCCAUGGAUACCUAUUUGGGACAGUUUCCUGAUAUCAAGGCUCGUAUUGCCAAGAGGGACAGAAAGUUGGUGGAUUACGACAGUGCCAGACACAACUAUGCCACCACGCAUAAGACCAAGAAAAAGGAUGGCGGUAUUAAAAUCACAAAGCCAUCCUCUUUGUUGGAGAGGGCGACGCCCGGCUGGGCUCAAGGGAUUCUGUCCGCACACAAUGUUGCCCAGAGUAGCUUGUCCAGAAGCCAGGCAGAGGAGGAGUUGGAGAGAGCCCAGAAGGUGUUUGAGGAGAUCAAUAUUGACUUACAGGAGGAAUUACCUUCACUCUGGAACAGUCGUGUUGGUUUCUAUGUCAGCACCUUCCAGAGUUUGGCUGGUUUUGAGGAAAAGUUUCACAAAGAAAUUAGCCGGCUGGAUCAGGAUUUAUAUGAUGUGCUGGAAAAACUCGAAAAUACAGACACAAGCAGAAAGACAGGUAACCGCAGCGCCUUAUCGUCAGGAGCAAAUAGGAGUGGCAUCGAUGAGUCCAACCAUACUCUCAAGCCAGGAGCACCCCCGCCGAUUCCAAAAUCCCCAUCCAAGCUCAGACCAGCAGUGCCUCCUCCACCCAAGGUGACUCCAUCCAAAGAGAUGAAAACGGAAAAUAUCAUCAACCUCUUUGAUUCUGCAGCAACUCCUGACAUUAGUGUCACCUCCCCGACAGAGCCAGCAAACUGGGACUCCUGGCCAGAGGAUGACGGUGCCCAAGAGGAGCCCACCAAGAAGCACUAUGACCCUGUGGCGGCUGCCGCAGAUGCCUGGGGGGAUGACGAUACGCCGCCCGCCCGCUAUGACCCGAUAGCCGCUGCCACGGAGGGCUGGGGGGAUGACAGCACCCAAGCAGUUCGCUAUGACGCAAAGGAGGAUUGGGGGGACGAUGAAACCCAACAGGCUUAUGAUGAAUCCGUAGCUGAAGCCCCAGAGGGUCCGGUCGAGAACGACAACCAGCCGGACGCAGAGGACGCUGCAAGUCCUGCUGAGGCUUCAGUUGACACCUAUGAAGAAGCUCCUCCUAAUGCUGCAGAUGAAGAGGAUCAGGGUGAGUCUGAAACAACUCCUGAAGCUGUUCCUGAAGCAGAAGCAGUGGACGCAGUAGAAGAAACUUCAACGCAAGAUACACCUGCAGUAAAUGAAGAAUCAGUAGAAGCAAAGGCAGACUCACCCGACAUGCCGCCUGGCUUCCUAUUUAAGGUCCAAGUGAUGCACGAUUAUGCAGCAAAUGACACAGAUGAACUUGAAAUGAAGGCGGGAGACGUGGUGCUAGUCAUACCCUUUGACAAUCCAGAUGAACAGGAUGAUGGCUGGCUGAUGGGAAUAAAAGAGGAUGACUGGAAACAGAAAAAAGAAAAUGGAACCAAAGGAGUAUUCCCUGAAAACUUCACCCAGAGGCUGUAAAAGUUUAAUCGUCAGGCCAACUUUUUUUCCUUCACUCCUUUUCCCCUAUCAUCCUCACUCCCUGUCCUGUUUUUGCCCUGUCUAAAUACUUGGACUUUGACCAUAGACGCAGAACUGCAGAAGUUGCAGUUCCAUGACUGAGGAAUCAGAAUUCCUGCAGAAGAGAAAUGACAGCCAUUCAAGGGCGUCAAAUAUUAGACUAACAGUGCUAUCGCUAACUGGGCUGAAAAGGGGAUCCUAAUCUCAUGCAGGACUAAUGCAGAUGUGGCUGCCUCUGUAAUGGCUUACCAUAACUCACUCAUUAAAUUUCGAUAGAACUCAUCACGAAACUCUCCAACACAUAAUUGCUUAACAGAAAACACAUAGUUAGUUUGUCUAUUACAUAAAAAUCUCUGGUUUGAUCUGUUUUGGUCACAUGUAGCAAGGGAUUUAGAAAUAUUCAGGUAGGGUGAGCUGUUAAGAUCAGGUGUCGCGGAUUCUAACAUUUGUUGUUUACCAAUCAGAAAUCAGUGCAAUUAGUCUUGGGCAGCUGUAACAAUCAUUCUUAAAUCCUUAUUCCUAGUAAACAUGGGCCAUUGGUUGUUUUGAUUUUUUUUUUUUCAUGGUGAUAAAAAUGGUUUAACAGUGUUGCUAGGCAGGUUAUUAUGCAUUCAAGUAUCAGUACGACUGUCAACAAAGUGAUGCUUGCCUAAAAGCUUUCCAGCAAUCGGCACUAAUGAGAAGCUCCGACUGGUACUAUAAUAGUUAGGCAGACUUAAUCACACUCUAAUCCAACAUAUUCAAACUGAGCCAGCUUAAUUCACUCUUAAAAGGUGAGUUGACAUCAGCUACUCCUACUUUCAUCAACGACAACUUUGCUGACGAAUGCAAACGUUUCCAAAUAUGCACCAGAGCUACUUGUUUUAUUUUUGUAUGGCGCCAAGCAAUGAUGAUAUAGCCUAUAUAGCGGUCACCAUAUUUGCCAACUGAGGAUGGUACAGAGCGUUUUGUACUUAUGUCAGGUCCGCUCUUACAUAGUCCAAAAACAUUCACAGACUCGACCGAGAUUCACAUUUGUUUCUAUUUCUGUGUAAAAGUGAGAGUGAGGUGCGUGUAUGUAUGUGUACGUGUGUUUUGGGACUGAAAUUCUUUAUUUCUUGGCUAGUGUUAUGGGACAAACCCCCUGGAAGGAGUGCGUCCAUUUGACAGGGAGCUUUCCAGACAGGACAAACAAAUUUGUGCUGGCUUGUGUUGACAGGUUCCAGACGUUAUUGUGCAUUUGUUGUGUAUAAAUGUAAUUUGCCAAGUGACGACAGCUACAUAUUCUAUAAAGAUAUGUGUAUGUGAGUUAAUGUGAGCAUGCUGACUUCCCGUGUGUUGUUGUGUGAAAACCUUUCAAUGCUACUGGGAUUAGUUUUGAAGAAUUGUAUGUUGUUCCCCACCCAAAGUUUUGUUCAUUGAUUAUUUUUUUUUUUUUAUAAGGGAGCUUUUGAGUACAUUUAUCUUGGAUAUAUACACACCACUCCUUGCCCUCGUGGUAAUCCACCAAGCUUGCCUCAAAACUUUGACAGUGUAUUGUGGUCCAAAAAGCUUCAAUUGUGAUAUGGAGGCAAAACAUACUGAGACUUUUUUUUUUUUUAAAUCACAGUUCAAUUAUUUGACCAUGUGAGGUUUGCCUAACUCUCCAUGUGCAACUUUACACUUUUGAGAACAAUGGCUCCACACCUCUCUGCUUUGUUCUUCCAAUUUAUUUUUUAUCAUUUUGGUUGCCGAUUGCUCUUCAAGCAAGCCUCCCGUGGUUAUGUAAGGGAUAAAACAUGUUUAAAUAUUAAAACAUAUUCCCUAACUGUCCAACCAAUAUUAAAAAAAUGACUUCAAACCUC